GCUUUUGGCUAAUUGCAAUUAGUUUUUCGGUCGUUACAAACGUAACGAUAGCAGCCAUGUUGGAAACAUGGGCGUCUUUUUCCGCGCGCAAAUCAUAGUAGCGAUAUGUUUAAUUUAUUCACAGAUUUGUCAACCAUACAUCUACAAGAACCACCCUUGCUGCUUGGAACCUAGUGAGAAUGUUACUUUGGCCAUGUUAAUUGAUGCCUUUGAGAUCUACGGCCACGAUCCUACUGAUAAGCUCGACAAUCUGUGGCUGUAUCAAAACGAAAUGAUGAGAGUUAAGACUGCAGAGGAUCAGUAUAAAAUCAACGAGCGAGUGCACAUAGCCACCGAUCAUCUUUCGAGGUUUAUCACAUUACAUAUAAAAGAAUUAAAGGUACUACUUAUUGCACUGGACGACGUGAUAGACAACAUGCUGACCAUGUACGAGAACCACAACUCUAUAGCGGCUGUAAGGAAAUCGUCUUCCAGUGGACCAGUGCCAAUGGAAUUUUAUAUUAGUUCAGAAUUCUACUGCGGAAAAAAUGUGUAUCUCUUCCUUUCGGAGGCGUACAGCGACAUCUACAACAUGGGUCGUGAUGUUGCCCCAUAUUGCCAGGAUACUACUUUUUACUUCCUGGGCUUCUUUCAUCGCCAAGACGACACCAAGUACUAUCUUCUAGAAGAUCCGAGCAUUGCCUUUCCCACUGAUAACUACUUGCACGGUCUAAAAUGUCACAAUCGAGUGUGCAUGUUUAGAUUUCCGUUCAAAAAAUUGUUGCAGCGAGAUAGAGACGUCAUCACUCUCCCGAAGGCGAUCGUCAAAUGCGGUUUGGUCAUGUACAAACUACCCCCACUAUCGGCGGCCUCCUGUAUCAUUACCUCCGGAUCAUUCAUAUUGGAUUUCAACAUACAGGGACUGCGGUACCGACACCACGAUUAUUUAUUGUUCACCCCGAACGGAAACACAUACUACACGAAAGAGAACGGCGCACCACUUAUAUGUGAUCAACACGUCUGUGAGUGGAACUACACUAACCACCAUGGAGGACCAAUCACAGUACCGGGAGAUCCGUCUGACAAGGUUCCUCCAAUACCGGUGUUCGUGGAGACGACAACGAAAACUCCCAUCGAAGAAGACAACGCAACCAUAAUUGACUAUGAGCUGGACGGUUGCUUCUACAUGUACCCGCCUAACUACGGCUCGAUAGACGGGAAGAGCUACCUGGACAGCAUCAGACUGCACGACAACAGAUACAGGUGUAACGUUGGUGACAAUAAGCAAGGUCUUUAUUGGUAUCCCCAAUGGCUGGGCCCGAUACCCCCUGCAGUAGAAACAGAUACAAACAAUCCUGCUGAACCACCGGUAGUCGCCUUCGAGGUGCCACCUGGGGGGGUCUACUCACCUGCGAGAGAUGAUUUUGACGACGCAAUGUAGAUUAAAGUGAAUAUAAUAGUA